AUGGCCAAAAAAUCCAAGUCUCGCACCAUUGCUGUGCGCCUCAUCUCCAUGGCAAUGACAGGAUACUAUCGCACAAUGAUCCGGCCCCGUGUCCACCGUCCGCUCAGCAUGAUGAAGUACGACCCCGUCGUGAAGAGGCAGGUGCUUUUCCUUGAGGCGACCAAGGGUGGAAAGGCGAAAUAG